GAAAAUUUCCAUUUCCCCUCCGUAGAAAAUUUCCAUUUCUCAUUUCUCUAUUUUUUCCUACACCCAAAACCAUGGCCGCCUGUAUUGACACUCCUAGACCUGAUACUUCUCACAAUCCUAACAGGUCUCAGCCUAAUGAUCAAGCCCACAAGUUCAUGAAUUUCUGCCGACCCUCUUUCUCUGAUCAUGUUUCUUGCAUACCCUUUAACCGGAAUUUUACAAACAAAGCUGUUGAUGUCCUCCAUCGAGAAGAAGAGACUGAGGAUCUGUGGAAUCAAAUGCUAGAGGAAGCUCGGUCAGAUGUUGAGAGAGAACCCAUCUUGUCAAAUUACUAUCACAGCUCAAUUUUGUGUCAUAAAUCGCUUGAAAGUGCUUUAGCAACUCAUCUCUCCAUCAAGCUAAGUAAUUCAAGUCUUCCUAUCAACACCUUGGUUGAUAUUUUCAUGGAGGUACUUGAGGGAGACAGUGAAAUUAUGAGAGCUGUUGAGGGAGAUUUAAGGGCUGUUAAACAAAGAGACCCAGCAUGUAUUAGUUAUGUGCAUUGUUUCUUGAAUUUUAAAGGUUUUCUAGCCAUUCAAGCUCACAGGGUAGCGCACAAGCUGUGGUCACAGCAGAGAAAAAUUUUGGCUUUGUUGAUAGAGAAUAGAGUCUCUGAAGUUUUUGCAGUCGAUAUCCAUCCUGGUGCCACAAUUGGCAGUGGUAUAUUGCUUGAUCAUGCUACAGGGGUUGUCAUUGGAGAGACAGCUGUCGUUGGCAAUGAUGUGUCAAUUUUGCAUAACGUGACUUUGGGAGGAACGGGGAAGGUUGCUGGUGAUAGACAUCCAAAGAUUGGGAAUGGGGUUUUGAUUGGUGCAGGGACUUGUAUUUUGGGAAAUAUUAGAAUUGGUGAUGGAGCAAAAGUUGGUGCUGGUUCUGUGGUGUUGAAGGAAGUGCCUGCAAGGACCACAGCAGUUGGGAACCCGGCAAGGUUGCUUGGAGGGAAGGAGAAUCCCAUUAAGCUUGACAGGAUUCCCAGCCAUACCAUGGACCAUACUUCACAUAUAGCUGAGUGGUCCGAUUAUGUCAUUUAGACUUUAGAGGCCUAAUUAUUCUCUAAGUCCUGAGUUUUAUUUUGAUUGAAGCUUUCUGUUUUUCUUGUAAGUGAGAAUAGAAGUUUCUUCUAUUAGCAAACAGAAGAUUUUGUAUUUCACAGACAUGCUAAGCAGGGUCCAAUAGGUAGUCCUGUAGCCUUAUAAUAUUAUAUGCUUCUGAGAAAAUUUGUUUUAACUUGUUACUGGAAGUAAAUUGCAUCAGGAGUCAUGUUAUCUUUGUUGAUGAAUGUGAAACCUCUGUUUUUAAGAAUGGU